AUGAAUUGAAGUAGCACUUUGGCUGUCCGGUAGUAUCUUCUGUCGAAUUUUAAUUAAGCGUCUGACGCGAGUACGAACGAAUAGGAGUGUUAGUUAUUGUAUAUCAUGAUAGGAGUGCUACACAAUGUAACUAGUACCAACGUUAUACGAGAUUAGCUAGUGGUACCUAUAAUUAUUUUUACAAAUAAGCAAAUCUAUGAACACUAGUCUUAAGAUAAGAUAAAUAGGUACAUGAUUGUGUCGUAGAUAAGUUUUCACGGAUGUUCUAUUUGUAAUUGGAGUUUCCCAUUAAUUAUUUUUUGGAGGCAGACGCCAUCGCCUUAAAAAUGCGGCUGGUACCGAAGCAGGCGAGCCCCUUCGCAAAGUUCCGGCUGCUGAUGUGGAAGAACUUCCUGCAGCAAUGGAGGCACAGAACGCAAACAGUCCUCGAAAUUCUACUCCCAGUUCUCACCAUGACGCUGGUGCUAAUCCUACGAUGGCAGAUAGAACCAGCAGAAAGAGAAACACAAACCUACCCGCCUUUCAGAGCAAACACACUCAACUUUUCCACUGUUGUACUGUUUGGUCUGGAUUGUCCUAAUGUAUCUAUUGCCUAUUCACCAACUAGUCCUGUGUUAGAAGAUGUAGUUAGAAAUGCAAUUACUAAUUUAUUAAUACAGAACAUGGAAGAUUUAAUUGCUAGGUUACCAAUAGAAAUAGAGUUACCACCCACUAUUGAAAUAAAUUCUACCGCUAUACUUGACUGGAUAAAAUCUCGUAUAAGGGUACAAGCUUAUAAUAAUAGUAAUGAAACAAGAGGGAUUUAUAUAGAAGAAGAAAAUACACGAAGGGUUAUAGCGGUCGUAGAGUUUGACGAUAAACUAUACGGCGCAGAAUCAUUGUCCAAUAAUUUGUCGUACUCUCUGAGAUUCCCCGAGAGACCUCGUCUUAAUUCGUUAUUCCAAACUGGAGGUCGCACUUGGAGGACAGACGCAGUUUUCCCUGUUUUCGAAACGCCUGGUCCUCGAUUUUCGAAGUCUUGGGAAGGUGGAAACGAUCCAGGUUACGUAAACGAAAUGUUCAUAGCACUACAACAAGUUAUUUCAACGGAGUUGAUAGCGAGGUCGACAGGAGUGAACAUGAGUGAGUUCACAGUGUUCCUGCAGAGAUACCCUCACCCGCCGUACAUCAGGGACAUGGCGCUUGACCUUCUGCAGUUCAUGUUCCCUAUGUUCAUCAUGUUGAGCUUCAGUUACACUGCAAUCAACAUUACGAGGGCGGUCACGGUAGAAAAGGAAUUGCAACUAAAGGAAACGAUGAAAAUAAUGGGUCUCCCUACAUGGUUGCAUUGGACUGCAUGGACCUGUAAACAGUUUGUUUUCUUGUUAGUAUCCGCAAGUCUGACAGUGAUACUUUUAAAAAUAAAUUGGUUCACGAACGAAGACGGUUUCAGUGAGUACACGGUGUUUACUAACACGCCUUGGACAGUCUUGAUGUUUUUCACGAUGCUGUACUUAACUUGCGUGAUAUUUUUCUCAUUUAUGAUGAGCAGCUUUUUCUCUAAAGCUAGUACAGCAGCGUUGUGCACUGUAGUUGUCUGGUUCCUCACAUACAUCCCUGCCUUCCUCCUGGCAAUGGACAUCGAAAUGUCUACAACAGUCCAGGUCUUUACAUGCCUCAGUAUUAAUUCUGCGAUGUCUUAUGGAUUCCAGCUUUUGCUUGCCAAGGAAAGUACUGGAGGCUUGCAGUGGGGCGACUUCAUGUCGGCACCAGGGACGGACUCUAAUCGCUUCGUGUUCGGCCACGUGGUCAUCAUGUUAGUGGUGGACUGCUUCGUCUACAUGCUCGUCACCCUCUACUUCGAACAAGUGAUGCCUGGACCAUUUGGCACGCCCAAACGCUGGUACUUCCCGUUCCAGUUGCGAUUUUGGUUCCCUCAUUAUAAACCAGGUACAGUUUUGGUUUUGGAAAAUGAAAACAGUGAAUUUGAAGACAUCAUAAAGGAAAAAGAACCCAAUGAACACGAAGUGGGCGUUAAAAUGAAUAAUUUAACAAAAAUCUUUGGAGCUAACACUGCGGUCAACAAUUUGUCUUUGAAUAUUUACGACGAUCAAAUCACAGUAUUACUUGGACAUAAUGGUGCUGGGAAAUCGACCACAAUAUCAAUGUUGACAGGUAAUUUGGAGGUAACCCGGGGUACUGUGACUGUCGCGGGAUAUGACAUGACACACGAAACUUAUGCGGCUCGUGCCCAUAUCGGCUUAUGUCCCCAACACAAUGUACUGUUUAACGAACUCACUGUCAGAGAACAUUUGGAAUUCUUUGCCAGGUUGAAAGGAUUUCGUGGGGCAGAGCUCAAAUCUGAGAUUGAUACUCUUAUAGAAAAAUUGGAACUACAAGACAAGCGAGACUAUCCCUCUAAUGGUUUGUCUGGAGGUCAAAAGCGACGUUUAUGUGUUGGAAUAGCUUUAAGUGGAGCAGCACGUGUGGUACUACUCGAUGAACCUACUUCUGGAAUGGAUCCUUCUUCUCGACGAGCUCUUUGGGAACUUCUACAGAAGGAGAAGAAAGGUCGAUCGAUGAUCUUGACGACACAUUUCAUGGACGAAGCUGAUAUUCUCGGUGACCGCGUGGCAAUUAUGGCGCAAGGCCGCCUGCAGUGUGUGGGUUCACCUUAUUUCCUGAAACGUCAUUAUGGCGUCGGAUACACUCUGGUAGUCGUUAAGGACGAUGACUUUGACUUCGAGGAAUGCACUAGACUUAUAAAUAAAUACAUUCCAGACACGGUUGUCAAGGAAGACCGCGGUACGGAAAUUACUUAUAACUUAAUCAACGAUUAUUCAUACGCUUUUGAAGAAAUGCUGAACGAUUUGGAAUGUAAUAUGGAAAAGAUUAAAUACAAAAACUAUGGUUUAACUGCUACUACUUUAGAGGAUGUGUUUAUGUCAGUCGGUUCGGACUUGGCACCAGUAAAUAAUUCAGAUAACGAUGACGCUGUUACUACUACGACGGACUCGACCAUUGACGACAUUUUGAAACACGAACUUGAUUCGUCUUUGGAAGAAUUGGAUAGAGACGAAAGUAGUGUGACCGGUUUCCGAUUGCUAUGUCAGCAAGUAUUAGCAGUGUGGAUGAAGAAGGGGCUGACACUGAUUCGGUCACCUUGGUUGAUGAUCUUGCAGUUCUUCGCUCCCGUCAUACUCAUCAAUGCCACGCUUGGAGUUAUGCGAUACGUGAUGUCCUUAACCCCAACUAUAAGAUCAAGAUUUCUAUCAUUGACUGAGGGAUUCACGAGUACAGAAACCCUGUUAAGUUUCAACGGUACAUUAGGAUCGUCUGUCGGCGCUAUCGCGGCAGCAGCAUACGAGAUGAUGUUCACGGCCUCAGACGUGGAAAACAUGGGCGUGACUCACAUUGGGAACGUACCCAUGGACGAGUAUUAUCUAAAUAGGACGAUGGAUCCAGUGGUGAUGGGGCAGUUACGUCACCAGAUCCUGAUUGGUUCCACUUUCGACGAUAACAAUGCGACACUUUGGUUCAGUAACUUCGGUUACCACGACGUCGCUAUAGCUCUAUCUACCUUCCACUCAGCUUUUCUUAGAGCAUUCAACUCUACUGCGCAGCUUAACGUUUACAAUCAUCCAUUGGAGGCUACUUAUAGAGACCAGACGGACAUGCAGAUGAUGAUUGCCAUGCUCUCCAUGCAGCUGUCUUCUGGUAUUGGUAGCAGCGUCAGUAUCGUCAGUGCUGUAUUCAUCAUGUUCUUUAUUAAGGAGCGCACAUCUGGCGCUAAGCUGUUACAGAAGGCCGCGGGAGUACAACCUGCAGUGCUGUGGGGUAGUGCUGCUGUCUUCAACUGGGCUUGGUUCCUGAUCACCUGUGUUUCCAUAGUAAUCACGUGUGCCGCUUUCCAAGUUAUUGGACUGUCCACUGCUCAAGAAUUAGCUCGAAUGUACUUGUGCGUGAUGCUGUACGGUGCUGCGAUGUUGCCGCUGGUGUACAUCCUGUCGUUUGCGUUCAAUGGACCUGCUGUUGGCUUCGUCGGUUAUUACUUUAUGAACGUGCUUUUUGGUAUGAUGGGUGCACAAAUAGUGGAAGCACUGUCUUCUCCUCAGCUGAACACAGCGGAAGCUGCGAAUAUACUCGACUACAUAUUACAGUUCUUCCCGCUUUACAGUUUAAUCACUGCAGUCAGAUUUUUGAACCAAGUUGGGCUGCGUGAAUACACUUGUCUACAAAUGUGCGAGUACUAUCAAGCUGUGUCGCCUAACCUUCAGUGCACCAUGGAAAGCUUAUGUUCACGCAACGAAGAAUGCUGUGUCGAGCCGAAUGUUUAUUUCAAAUGGAAUCAGCCGGGCGUAUCGCGAUACUUGACAAGUAUGAUUAUAUCCUGCAUCGUGUUCUGGACGAUUCUUAUGAUCAUCGAGUACAGAGUCUUCCAGAAGUUAUGUACGAUCAAGAAGACCCCACCACCUCUAGACGAGAGUAUACUGGACGAGGACGUGCAAAAAGAGGCGCAGCGCGCGCGCAACGUGCUGCCCUCGCAACGCUACGAGCAUGCGCUGAUCGCCAACGAUCUCUCCAAGUACUACGGAAAACAUCUUGCCGUAAAUCAAAUCUCAUUUGGCGUUAACGACGGUGAAUGUUUCGGUCUGUUGGGUGUAAACGGUGCCGGUAAGACUACCACCUUCAAGAUGUUAAUGGGUGACGAGUCUAUCUCAAGCGGUGAAGCGUUUGUUAGUGGACACUCUGUCGAGAAAAGUCUUGGCAAAGUACACCAGAAUAUCGGUUACUGUCCCCAGUUCGAUGCUUUGUUUGGUGAGCUCACGGGCCGUGAGACGCUACAUAUGUUUGCUAUGAUGAAGGGUCUGCGUUUACGCAGUGCUGCACCAACCGCUGAAACAUUAGCACAUGCACUCGGUUUCCUCAAACAUCUUGACAAAAGGGUAAAUCAAUAUUCAGGAGGAACGAAAAGAAAGCUAAACACGGCGAUAGCAUUCUUGGGACGAACGCGUCUUGUGUUCGUGGAUGAGCCCACCACUGGAGUAGAUCCUGCCGCUAAGCGACAUGUAUGGCGAGCAACGCGUGGGGUACAGCGCGCUGGCCGCGGCGUAGUGCUGACGUCACACAGCAUGGAGGAGUGCGAAGCUCUUUGCUCACGGCUCACUAUCAUGGUCAACGGACGAUUCCAGUGUUUCGGCACACCGCAACAUCUUAAGAACAAAUUUUCUGAAGGAUUUACGUUAAUUAUUAAGAUGAAAAUGGAAGACAGAGACAAUGACACUGCUUCGAUAAACAGCUCACGUAGUGUAGUGGACACUGUCAAAGAAUAUGUUACUCAAAACUUCCAGAAUCCACGUAUCAUGGAGGAAUACCAGGGACUCCUGACAUACUACCUUCCAGACCGUAGUAUGGCAUGGUCACGGAUGUUCGGCAUUAUGGAGCGUGCUAAGAGGGACUUGGAGAUUGAAGACUACAGCAUCUCACAGACUACACUAGAACAAAUAUUCCUACAGUUUACAAAGUACCAGCGACAAGCAUUCGAAUUACUAUAGUGAACAGUUUCGUAGUUUAGAGGUAAUUCGUUACAUAUCCCACAUUGGGGAUCUGAUAAUUCGGGGACAUGCUCUCUGGUAAUAUUAUGCGUGAGUGCAUAGUUUCAUAUAUUAGAAUACAAGCAGUGCAAUGCCACUUCUGUACCAGUAUGACAUCACUGAUGAGUCUCGCUCUAGUCGAUAAAAUUGUAGCAAAAAUUGUUACUAACAUUUUAUUGUAUAGUUCUAGGAAGUUAAAGUGCUAAAAAGAAUUAGGUACACCGGCUUCUGUUUGUAUACGAGAAACAUUUUUCCAUAUAAUCGUCUUAUAUUUGGGCUGGAAACCCAACAUAUUUAUAAACCUAGUUGGAUAAAUUAAUUAAGUAGUCAAAGUAGUAGUUUAGUUAUCAUAAAUGUCGUCUCAACAACUACUUGUACAUUGUAGUUAGAGGAGAGGUCUGGAGGUAAGCCCCAACGGCCGGAUCGUACGCAUUCCGUAUGACGUCACCAGCACGCAACGCAUGUAGGCAUUGCUGAUGAUGCGGUCCGUACGAUGCGGAUGGCCGGUGUUGUAUGAAUUUCUAUACAAGACAAACUAAAAUCCGUUGCGUCCGAUGCGGGGCUGUAGAUGCAAACCUUAAUAGUGAGACCGUUUGCUUGUCACGAUUAUUUUAUAAAUGUUUGCAUAAUGUACAAGCUACAGUGGCAAGUAUUGUACGUAUCUGAAUUACGAGUAAAUAAAUGUACCGUACCUAUAUUAGUUGUAAUUAUAAUGACAUUCCAUGACCUCUUUUCGAGAUUUACGAAAGGGAAAUGAAACGAGGCUAUUUGGACUGAUUUUAUUGUCCUACCAUAUUAAUGUACCAAAUCGCUUUUGUAAAUAACUAAUUAAAUAAUUUCAUACUGCUUUACAAAAAUUACAUCUUGUAAACAAAGAUAUGCUCAAGCGCUUAUCUAGCGCCAAUUUUGCGUUAAUAUGAUGUAAAUAAUAAUAAUAUGUAUGUACCUAAUAUGAAAUUUGUUUUUUAACUUAAUAUAUAAAUAAACUUUUUUACUUUCAUACCAAAAAUCUGUAGUACUUUAGAAAAAGUAUUUGUGAUGUGUGUAACUAUUUUGUUUUAGUUUUAAAUUAAUUUAUUUGUAACGUAUUUGUGAUCAAAUAGAUUGUUAGAUAAUGUGUAAAUGCAAUAAAUAAAUAUGUACCAAUCAUA